UCACUGUGUAUCAAUUGAUCUUUACGGAGUGCGUUUUUAUUGAGAAGCCUGCGGUGCGUCGGCCUAUAAAAAGGAGUGUGGCUUGGAGCACCGGACCAGUCUUUCCCCAGUUCUGUUCUUGAGGUGCGAGGGAGACUCCAGAGACAGAUACUGAGCAAUAUGGGGGGGACUUUCCGAGAGCAGCUGUUCUUUGUUAUGUUAUGUCUGUCAGUUCUCAAGGGAGACGCCAGGUACAUGGAGGAAAAUGAGAUCACUCCAGAAGGAUUAUUUUCACUUCUUAAUUCAGAACUCAAAAGAGAAAUACCAGAGGAAUUAAUUUACAGCCGACCUCUCCGGUGUCUGGACAUGGUGGCAGCAGAGGGUCAGUUCACCUUCACAGCAGACCGGCCUCAUCUCAGCUGUGCUGCUUUCUUCAUCGCUGAGCCCAACCAGGUCAUCAAUGUGGAGUAUGACAGCGUUGACAUCGACUGCAGAGGUGGAGACUUCAUCAAGGUGUUUGAUGGCUGGGUGAUGAAGGGAGAGAAGUUCCCUAGUUCCCAGGAUCACGCCCUGCCGCUGAUGGAACGCUACGUAGACUACUGCGACUCCGGGACUGUCAGGAGAACCGUACGGUCAUCUCAGAACGUUGCAAUGGUGUUCUUCCGUGUUCACACCGUCGGCAGCUCCUUCACGCUGACUGUCAGGAAACCCAUCAACCCUUUCCCCUGUAACAUCAUCUCCCAGACACCAGAGGGCAGCUUCACCAUGGUGAUACCCCAGCAGCAUAGGAACUGCAGCUUCUCCAUCAUCUACCCCGUGGAGAUCAAGAUCGCUGAGCUCAGCCUAGGACACCUCAACGACUUCCCCAUCAAGUCCAUGCCAGGCUGUGCUGGAGCAGGGGACUUUGUGGAGCUGCUGGGAGGGAACGGGAUGGACCCGUCUAAGAUGUUCCCAGUAGCUGACCUCUGCUACAACUUCAAUGGCCCCGCCCAGAUGAAGAUAGGUUGUGACAACACUGUGGUGAGAAUGGUGUCCAGCGGUAGGUUUGUCAACCGGGUGGCGUUCCAAUACCGGCUGCUGGACCGGCAGGAGCUGCAGAGGAUCAAGGUGAACAGUGUGGAGGAUUUCUGCUUCACUGGCUGAGCUCUCCCUAUCUAUCUCUCCACCUCCUAUAUAUACCACCUAGCUAAUGGGGACCACCCAUCACUGGCGGCCAAAUCUACCAUGAGACUGAUUACAGAAAACAAUCCCGAUGAUCGCCAUAACGUUCUGUUCUGUACUCCUUUUUGAAUUUAAAGAGAUUGAUUUAUUUUUUACCUCAUUUGUUUUUUUCCUUCACUAUAUAUUAAAUGAAUUGUGGCUGGCGCUCAAGCUUAAUAAAGUGUUAUUUUGUGUUUGUGGUCA